GGAGGCGGUAGACUUGCGUUACUGCAUUAACCUUCACGGAAAUGUGGUGUUCAGGAAGACACCGCUAUCAUUGAACUGCGCCCAGCUGCGAGACCUGGCCCAGUCGCACAAUGCAGUGUUCCCAGUUGAGCCGGUCAUCGUUGCGGCCGUCGAUACACCUGAUCUCGGUAGCCAGUUCCUCAUUGCCGGUUCUCGGUACAACUGGAGAGCGACGCAGAGCCUGUGCAUCCUGCUGUACGGCCAAAAUCUUGAGAGUACCGAGUACCCGACCAUCGAGCGCUAUGCACAUCCCGACCUUGCGCGACUUUUUCGCUAAGCUUGUCCCACCUCGUCGAGCUCAACGUCAGCUCCUUUCACUUUGGUGACGGCUUCAACUUCACACAGGUGCUGGACGCGCCCGCUCUGCGGCGCCUCCGAGCGCUGUCCCUACCACCAUGUGGCCUGCGCCCGACAGGGGCAGUGCGCCGGCUUGCUUUCCGGCUCGGCGACGUCGAAGACCUGGAUGUCCGACUCAACCUGGACGGCCGCCACAAGAGCUUGCGCUUCGUGCGACAACGAUCUGACUAUUGAACGUGCUGAAGCGAGUGUGUUUGAAAUCGAUUCGGGUCGUCUUACGUUGAGCAACGUUCCGAACUUGGUUUCUUUAGACUUCCUUCGGUGCGUCUGGGUGGCCCAUGUGCGCUUCAUCGAUGACUCUGACGAACCGCGUUUCGACUUCAGCGCUCUCUCCAGAAUUCUACGCUACAGCGCAACCCUCCGCUCCCUCGUCGUGAAGCUGGCCUUCAUCAACUUCUGCGAGCAGUCCUUCGAGAACUCCCUGUACCCUGGCACUGCUUUAGAACGCCUUUGCCUGAUCACCAAGACUAAACUGCAAUCAUCAAAGGCGCAGACGGUCGUCGAAGACAUGGCCAGCCGGCCGCCAUCCAUAUUCUACAUCCACAUUCAUUACGUGGAUGUUGAGACGGGCUCGGAGAACAGCAUGACCUGGAUUCGCCGACACGAAGGUGAAGUGGUGGCACGACCAAGUCGAGCAAGUGCGAUGCCAGGGAAGCCCUGCAUCAUGUGCUCUACACAGACCUUCGUGGCCCUCGCAAAGCCGCUCUACCGCCAACUGCAGCAGAACAAGCCGCGCUUACGACGCCUCUAAUUUGGGAACUGCAGCGUAUGGCAGCAUAUAUGUCUUAGGUAUAGGACACUUCUAUGCUCCGAUACUCA